GAGAAGGGGGGCAGAACCAUGAACCCGCAGAGUAGGUUACGCGUGUUGGCGAAAUCAACCCAGUUUUUCAGUCAGGAUAUGCUUAGGAGGACGAUACGUCAGCAGCAAGGCACCAGCCGUCCGGAGGGCGCCACGCAGUGAACUGCACGAAGAUCCGUGGAUUCUGCGGGGAUUAUUAAUGUCGCAUACGGAAACGAAUAAUAGCCUACCUAUAUCAGCUGACGUUCAAAAAUAAGUAAUUCUUGGAGCAGAUAGCUACAGUAGUCAUCAUCUAGCUUGCGACGUGUACUGCUGGCUUGUACGACCCUUCCUCGCCUCUCUUGGCUGUCUGCAGGGAACCGGGGCUAUUCUAAAAGUAUGUGAUUGAACCUGUGUUGAUUUAAUCACUCAUAGCGCGUUAGCCAGCUAGGUCAGGGGGGUAUAAAAACCUGAUAGCCUGACACCUUUCUACAUAACCAGGCGAGGUAUAAAAGCGUUCGCGCGGUUGCGAUUAUUUAACAACACCAGUUGACUUUUAUUUUCUUGUUCGCUCUUGAAAUUCUCGACGUUUGUUCCGAAACUUUUUGGGCAGGGUCAAAAUGAGUGGUGAGGCGACGACUGCGUCGCUCGGACCGGACUCCUCGGGAAUUCCGAGGGAAAAGGGACGAAAUGCUCCCGUCGACCCGAAAACGAACGUCCAAGCCCCGGCGGACUUCGACGACGAGUCGGACUCAUCCCUCACGGAUGUCAAGCAAAUGUGGAUAAGAUUUGCCAAGACGUUCGGCUUCCUUUUACCAAUUUAUAUACUGGGAUAUUUCGAGUUCAGCUUCAGUUGGAUUUUAAUUGGACUCGCCGCCUUUUUCUGGUGGAAGAGAAAUAAAGGAAGUAAACAGGACAGGAUAAGCCGAGCGUUUGCAUUUUUGGAAGAAGAAGACAGAGCGACACGCCAAAGUGUAACAACCGCCGAUCUUCCACCAUGGGUGCACUUCCCAGAUGUGGAGAGAGUGGAAUGGCUAAACAAGACGGUGAAGCAGAUGUGGCCCUACAUCUGCCAGUUUGUGGACAAGCUGUUCCGCGAGACCAUCGAGCCGGCGGUGAAGGGCGCCAACCCCCACCUCAGCAGCUUCUGCUUCAGCAAGAUCGACAUGGGGGACAAGCCCCUGAGAGUGAAUGGAGUGAAGGUCUACACGGAGAACGUGGACAAGCGCCAGAUCAUUAUGGACCUGCAGAUCAGCUUUGUUGGGAAUACGGAAAUCGACUGUGACAUAAAGAAGUACUACUGCAGGGCGGGAAUUAAGAGCAUCCAGCUUCACGGAGUCCUGAGGGUGAUCAUGGACCCACUCCUGGGAGACAUGCCGCUGAUCGGCGCCGUCUCCGUCUUCUUCCUGAAGAAGCCUCUGCUGGACAUUAACUGGACGGGGCUCACCAACAUGCUGGACAUUCCAGGCCUGAAUGGCCUGUGUGACAACUUGAUCCAGGACAUCAUCUACGGCUACCUGGUCCUGCCCAACCGCAUCACCAUCCCCCUGGUGGGCGAAGCCAAGAUGGCCCAGCUGCGCUUCCCUGUUCCCAAGUCGGUGCUGAGGGUGCACUUCCUGGAGGCACAGGAACUGGAAGCCAAGGACAAGUUCAUGGGGGGGAUGAUCAAGGGGAAGUCGGACCCGUACGGCGUCCUGGAGAUCGGCAACGUGCUCUUCCAGAGCAAGACCAUCAUGGAGAGCACCCACCCCCGCUGGAACGAGGUGUACGAGUUCUUGGUGUACGAGCACUCCGGACAGCAUCUGAAAAUUGAGCUGUUUGACGAGGAUACUGACAAAGAUGAUUUUCUGGGGAGCUUAAUGCUUGAUCUGGCGGAACUUCACAAGGAACAGAAAGUGGACAAGUGGUUCGAGCUGGGGCAGACGUCAACCGGGAAAGUGCACCUGAAGCUGGAGUCGCUGUCCCUCCUCUCCUCCCCGGACAUGCUGGACGAGACCCUGAUGUCCAUUAAAGCGGAUAAGGGCCAGGCAAACGACGGCCUAUCUUCAGCCUUGCUGUUCGUGUUCCUGGACUCUGCCCGGAACCUGCCGAGUGUCUUCGAGGGGACCUUGGGGUGUGGAUACUUAAAGGAACGGAGGGCUUCAGGCCUAGUCUUUUGUGAGAACACUACCUCACUGUAUAGAACACUAUUUCGAAACCCGUUAGAAUGCAACCACGAGGGCUUGAAGAAAAGCUCCGUGAGUAAGGCGCUGAAGUCAGGGAAGAAGGUGAGCAGCGACCCGAAUCCCUUCGUGCAGAUGAGCGUCGGACACAAGAUGUACGAGAGCAGGACCCGGUACAAGUCCAACGAGCCUCUGUGGGAGGAAACCUUCACCUUCCUCAUUCACAACCCGCGGAGCCAGGAGCUGGAGGUGGAGGUGAAGGACGCGAAGCACGAGUGUUCGUUGGGAACACUGACGCUCCCACUCACCUGCCUCCUGGAGGCCGAGGAGAUGACCCUGGACCGCCGCUUCCCCCUGAAGAACUCCGCCCCCAGCUCCACCCUCAAGCUGAAGGUCGCGCUCAGGGUGCUGUGUGUGGAGAAAGAGGCCCCGUCUGCGGAUAACCCCAACGCUGCCGCGACCAGACCGUCCGCCUCUGAUCCGCUGGACCCAGCCUUGGACACGCCCCUUUCGUCCGGGGCGUCCAAUUACAGCCAGGGGGAGGGGCUUGAGGGGCCCCACCCGGGGAGCCCCAUGCGGCUGGGCGGCUCCGGCCUCAGCACCUCCAACCUGGCCCUCUCCGGCUCCCAGCAGUACCUGGGCCACAAGGAGUCCACGCCCUCCAUCGCCUCCGAUAUCUCCAACCCCCUCGCCACCCAGGAGCUGCAGCAGAGGCUGCACCAGCUGCAGAAUGGGAGCCUCAGUCACUUCCCCCUGGGGGAGGUGCAGCUCACACUCAGACACUGCUCCCAGAGGAACAAGCUCAUCGUGGUGGUGCACGGCUGCAGGAACCUGAUCUCCUUCACAGACAGCGGCUCAGACCCGUACGUGCGGCUCUAUCUCCUGCCCGACAAGCGGAGGUCCGGCCGGCGGAAAACCCACACGCUGAAGAAGACCCUGAACCCCGUCUACGACCAGACGUUCGAGUUCAGCGUGUCCAUUGUUGAGCUGCACAGAAGGACUCUGGACGUGGCGGUGAAGAAUGGCGGCGGCCUGCUGUCCAAACACAAGGGCCUUCUGGGAAAGGUGCUGGUGGACCUGUCCUACGAAGAUAUCUCCAAAGUCUGGACGCAGUGGUAUGAACUCACGGAGGACGGGUCGAGAAGACAGAUCGACGCUUAAAGGACGCGGCAGGACACAACAGUGCCACCUGCCGUUCGCUUUCUGUCAUUACAGCGGAUGUAACCGGCUUUAUUUUAGAGUGUUACAUUUUAGCCAAUAGGCACAGCAUACUUUUUGUGUUGUUUCUAUUUUUUAAGAUAACACAUUACACACCGUGCGAUUGUACAUUGCUUUUUGGUAUUAUUCACUCAUGAGCAUCGCUUUAAAAAAAGGUAUUACCCCUAACCGCGCGUCACUCCGACCCCUCCUCAAAAAUAGGCUGCACUUUACUCGAGACGAAGGCGGUAAACAUGUGGUAACACCAGAACCAACCUCCUUCACGUGUGCGUGUGUGCUACAGGGAAACGAGCGGCGUCUCGAUGGCGGAAGUGCCAUCAAAAUUGCUUAGUGAUGGUCUGCCGACUCCAUUCAGCCAAUGGGCCGAAGGAACGCAUCGUGCGUUGACGUCUGAAAGGGUUGUUUUACGCAUUUAAUGUGCAAACGGUGCGAAGGACCGUGCUAAAGCCACAGAAUAACUGUUACAACGGCCCUCCGCCCUGUUUGUGUGACGUAGGGGAUGUACAACUUGUAAAUACGUUACUGUACGUGAAGAAGACGAGACGGAAGAAGUUAAGUUCAAACAAACAACAAACAUUUGAUAAUUUCCUUAGUCUAAAUCUACGCAGAAUCCAGUCGAACGAACUGGAAGGUUCUGUAGCCUACUGUUAGCAACACUAGCCACCAAAGAGACAAAAGUAUUUCAUUUUAUUGCCUUAUGUGGGUUUUAAGCCAAAUAUAUGUAUGUAUGUUUGCACAUUAUUCUUCUUGUUUUAAAUAUAUAUAAAUAUUAAUCAUCGAAUGGUAUUCGUUUUCUUUUUACUUCAUUGCACAGUAGUGAACCGUUAGUGGUUAAUCUGACAGAUUCAUGGCGGUUUUUAGCUCAUAGACGAAUGUCUGCUGUUCUGAUUUCUCAUCUUAAAAAGGGGCACUUCGCCCAUGUUCGAUGCUAUUGAAUUUUGUUACGCCCUCCACUGAUGGGAGUGCUUUAAAAUAAAUUGUUUUCUAAGUUGUGGCUGGUCCUGCAUCCGAAACGCGGCUGUAGCGAACCUGUGUGUCCCCGAGACAGUGUGUGGUUCCCAUGGUGACGCGAAACGCGUCAUUCCAGCAGAUUUCUUCCGAGCGUCAUGUUGUAAAUGUUUUUCCGUUAUCGGUGGACAGAUCAAUCUCAUGCAAUUGUUUUAUUUUAGGAUAAUAGAAUGAAACAUCUUUAUUACACCUAGCAUAUCUUUUUUUAUUAUUAUUAUUUGUUUAGGAUUCUCAGUUGAAAAUUGUAUGUUCAUUCAAAUGAUCCUAAAACCUUUCAAUUGAGAAAAUAUAGGCUAGGUGUAAAAAGUUGAAGUAAACAUUUUAGGUUUAUCCAAUGAAACACCCUUUCGUCAGUGCAGAUCGACAAAUGAACUCGUCAUUGAACUUGCCUAGUUACGUCUCAUCACGCUAUUAGUCUUAAGGAUAGCCUAGCAUUAAAAUGUGAGCACAUAGGCUAUUAUUUAGCGUAAGCGUGCUUAGCUUUGGUGUUCCAUCGCUGCAUAUCUAGGUUUACAUUACGAUGUACGAUUCGUCAUCGAAAUGAAGAGUCUCAUAUAUAAUAUAGUUUGAUUCUGUUAUUUUCACAGUGGGUCAAUGAUGGGUCACGGAACAUCAGUUUAUCACCUGUAGCUACAUUCUUUGUUACCUAGGUCUAUGUAAGCCCUCAAAAUAAAAACGUUCUCUUAAGGUAGGCCGACUUUUCAACUGUUUCAAUUGCAAGCCUCUUGCCUUCUCCAUGUAUUUUAUUUGACUUGUGCCUUAAAAAAAAUCAUGAUAUUGAAUUAUGUACGAGUAAAAAAAGAAGCUUUUAAAAUGUU